AAAAUUCUAAAUCCCACUCUAUAUAAUAUUCAAGAUACUAUUGAUGAAAAUUUAGAGGAUUUGACAAAUGAAUUAGAACAUGUGGAUAUAACGAAUGAAGUAGAAGUAAAUUUGGAAUGCAAAGGGUACGGAAGUUUUUAUUCUGGUUGGACAUUGCAACAACACCAAAAAGUUAGAGAACCAGUGAAACGAAUCCCUAUACAUAUCAAGCAACUUCUUGAAACAAU